AUGGCGCGGGUUGCAGGGUUAUUCGCAUACUGUUUAGCUACCCUCGCAUUAGCAGCGUCCUCACUCGCUCAAGAUAACUGCGAAAACAGUCCUACCUCACGAGGAUGCUGGGGCGAAUACAACAUCUCAACUGAUUAUCACAGUAUCACGCCGGACACAGGGGUUACGCGGGAGUACUGGUUAAUCGCAGAGAAUACAACCCUCGCCCCCGAUGGCUUCGAGCGACAAGUCCUUGUCAUGAACGGGACCCUACCCGGUCCCCUAAUCGAAGCAGACUGGGGCGAUGAACUCGUUAUCCACGUCACCAACGGCCUCGAGCAUAACGGGACUGCCAUCCACUGGCACGGCAUCUGGCAACGCAACACCAACCCCUCGGACGGCGUGCCCGGCGUAACGCAAUGCCCCAUCGCCCCAGGCCAGACAUUCACGUACCGCUUCCGCGCAACGCAAUACGGGACCAGCUGGUACCAUUCGCAUUUCUCGCUUCAGAUGGGCGAUGGGCUUUACGGGCCUGUUGUUAUCCAUGGGCCCGCGACGGCGGAGUAUGAUGUUGACCUAGGGCCUGUCUUUCUCACGGAUUGGUACUGGAAGUCGGUGUUUAUUCUUUGGGAAGAGCAUACGCGGUAUGGAGGGUUUCCGGUGCGAGCGAAUGCGGUUCCGCCGACGGGGCUGUUUAACGGGACGAAUGUUUUUGGGUGUGGGGGUGCUUGUUCUGGCGAUGUGGAGAGGUCGGUGAGCAGUGUGCAGAAGGGGAAGAAGUACCGGAUUCGAUUGAUUGAUCCGUCUGUGGAUGGGUGGAUGAAGUUUACCAUCGACGGGCACAAGCUUACAGUUAUUGCUGCGGACUUUGUGCCUAUUGAGCCGUAUGAGACGGAUGCGGUGAUUCUGACCUCCGGCCAGCGGUAUGAUGUGGUUGUAGAGGCGGAUCAGGAGGUUGGGAAUUACUGGAUGCGCGUGCUAUACCAGACUGCGUGUAAUGGACUGGAUAUCGACAAUGGUGAUAUCAGGGGGAUCCUCCGGUAUGAGGGCGCUGAUAUCACAGACCCAACGACGUCGCAGUGGAAGAUCAGCAACUCAUGCGGCGAUGAGCCGUACAACAAACUCGUUCCCUAUGUUGAGAAGACAGUAGGGAAUGCGGCAGCGCAGAAGAAUCUGAAUGUGGGCUGGGAAUACGACCUGCCUGAGCUUUUCUUCCACUGGACGCUGAACUCGAAGGACCUGACUAUCGACUGGAGCAGCCCGACGGAUUAUCUGGUGUAUCAGAACGAAUCGGUGUUUCCGACAGAGUCGAAUGUCUAUGAGUGGACGUACUGGGUGAUUCAGGACGUCGGUCUUGUCAACGCCUUCCACCCCUUCCACCUCCACGGACACGACUUCUUCAUUCUUGCACAGGGCCUGGGACUCUACACACCACUGGUCAAGCUGAACCGCGACAAUCCUCCUCGAAGGGACACUGCCACGAUGUCUGGGUCGGGGUACCUCGUCAUUGCAUUUGAAACGGAUAACCCAGGGUCCUGGUUGAUGCAUUGUCAUAUUGCAUGGCACGCGAGUCAGAGUCUCGCGCUGCAGUUCGUUGAGCGUGAGUCUGAAAUCGGGAUGUUGAUUGAGCCGAUGGUGGAUGAGUUUGAGAGCGUCUGUGACAGGUGGGAUGAAUAUUUCAAAGAUUCUAUCUAUCAUCAGGAUGAUUCUGGGAUCUGA